AGGCCAUUCUUGUCCGUUGACGACAACAAUGGAAGGAUGACAAACUUUUUCUGAAACUUUUAAUAUCUAAAAUAAGCAGUCAUCUUUUGUAUGACGCAGUUCUCGAACCCAGGCAAAGUUGUUGGGCUUAUAGAUGUAGUUAUCGCCCAGUCGGCCUACAAUGCAUACGUUAUUUAAGGGAAGUUGAAAAAUGUGCCAUCUGUCUUGAGCAUUCAGAUCCUCAUUGGCUUCAACAUUCUUGUGUGGGCUAUUGCAAGGGAAUGUAAUUUGGCUUGUCAAUGGGAGCUUUUAAGCACCAACGUUGUUUGAGAAGCCUUGUGACGCCUAUACCGCCAUUGCCAACUUAUCAAGGCCCGGAGAGCAUAAGUGUGCGUGCAUCUGUCGUGUAUCGGAAAUAGUUCCUCAUCUUCUCCUUACAAAGUAAUAAAGAUGUGGCUGCGUUGGUGGGGUCAGAGUGCAGCCGGGAUCUAGAGGGAUGACUGAGGGGUGGGUGGAUCCCUCGGUGUUGGACGAGUCAAGGAGAAAAUAGCCUCCGUGCAGCUCCAUCUGUCUGAACUGCCCGCCGAUGACGCCAAGCUCUAGAGAGUUAGAACUGUAAACAGUCACAUGGUAGCGGGAAGCCCUCAAAAACAUCUCCGCUCCAAGCCAGUGGCCUCACUUGUCCCCACUUGUCCCCUGACUGCGAGCCAACCGCAGGUCUGAGAGCAUCUCUGUUGUCUCCCUGGGACCUCGCUGCCUCUUCGAGCAAGAACAACACCAUGUCGGUCGCUGAGGAGAACGUGGAGGAGUACGAGCAAGAGGAGGAAGAGGAGCCGACAGACGCCGGACCGGACAGGAGCGAGGAGGAGGAGCGGGAGCAAGGCGAGGGGGACUCAAAGUGGCGUCCCAAGACCACCUACAUCCCCAACAUCGCGCCGCCCAAGCUCCCGGACGGCGAGAAGGUGGACUUCGACGACCUCCACCGCAAGCGUGUGGAGAAGGAUGUGAACGACCUGCAGUCGCUGAUCCACCUGCACUUCUCCACCCGGGAGAAGGAAGAGGAGGACCUCGUCUCCCUGAGGGAGCGCAUCGAGAGCCGCCGCUCGGACCGCAACGAGCAGGUGCGGGUCCGCGGCGAGCAGGAGCGCCAGCGGCAGGCGCGGCUCGCCGAGGAGCGGGCGCGGCGCGAGGAGGAGGCGGCGGCCAAGCUGCGCGCCGACGAGGACGCCAAGAAGAAGCUGAUGUUCACCAACAAGUCGUUCGGCAGCUACCUGCAGAAGCAGGACGCGGCGCGCAAGGGCAAGAAGCUCACGGCGCGCGAGGAGAAGAGGAAGGCGCUGUCGGAGCGACGCAAGCCGCUGAACAUCGACCACCUGAACCAGGACAAGCUGGCCGAGAAGGCCCAGGAGCUGUGGGCGUGGCUGCACCAGCUGCACGCAGACAAGUUUGAGCUGGCCGAGAAGCUCAAGAAGCAGAAGUACGACAUCGCCCUCCUCCGGAACCGCGUCAGCGACCACCAGAGAGGCUCCAAGGCGGCCAAGACGACCCGCGGAGCCAAGGGCAAGUCCGGGUCCUGGAAGUGAUCUGUGUGUAGGCUGAGGGCGUCACUCUGCGGUGGCACUGUCACGUGCUGCCAUGCUUCUGUUUUGUGGCUGUUUUUUAUGGACUAUUUUACCCCCCACUGCUUUGGAUGACUCUUUACCACCUGUGGUGUGACUAUGGAUUUGUUUGAUUGCAGGCAAUUUGGACUAAGAGGCUGUGAGUCAGACCACAUCACUUUCAAUCACCGUUUUUUUUUCUCUCUCCCUCUCUUGGUAUUCCAUCCAUUGUUAUAACCAUAAAUUGUUUGUUGGAUAAUUAGAGUGUAUAAUGAGCAGAAAAACAAUUUUUUUUUGCACAUUGAUUGGGAAAGUGAUUAAAAUCGAGCACAAACAUCUCAGUUGUGUUAUUUAGCCUAGAAAGCUACAUAACUAUUUUCCAAUUUGAGGCGCUCUGUCGACGUGUCAGCUGUCUGGUUUAUAUUUAAAGCCCUCCACCAACACCACCAAUGUUAAUUGGCGAGUGGCCGGUUUGCUGCGUUUUAAAAGGUUGGGAUGGUAUGGUAUGACAGGUGUGCCCGCAGCUGAGUCCCGCCGCGUGGAGCUAUUUUGGUCCCGCAGCCCUCCGGGGGCGGCCAGGCACGUUGGCCUGCAUUGUUUACACGGGGGAAAUGUGCGUGUUGACUGAGAAAUCGCGCACCGUGCCGCUAAAUGGCGCCCCCGGCGUGCUGUUUGUUUAGAUAAGGCGAUUGAUGUCUGGGAUCUGAAGGAUGGGGACUCCAAAGGGUACGACUCAAAUGCAGUCAGACUGACCGGGUUUCUUUUUAUAGCCUAGUUUUGUUUUACAUUUGAUAGCCUACUGCUUUUAUUUUUUUAAUCCUACAAUGGCUGCUGCAUUAUCUCAAAUUUGAUUAAAUGUCAUGAAUUAUUCAGAAAAGAAAAACUGGUUUUGAUUUGAAAAUUUCAAAUGAAGCAUAGGCUACUUUUCAAAUACCAAUUCAAAUACGAAAACACAAUCGUAAUAAAACGAACAAAUAGGCCUACCUCAAAUAAUAGUAAUGGAACAAUGAAAGAAUGAAACCAUAUAGGCUACUGUAGGAUGAAAUUGGGGGGAUAGAUCAUGCAUGUGACUGCAUGCUAAUUUAUAACAUAACUUUGAGAUGGAGACAAUCAAACAAAUAGAAAAUAUGAAAUGGUUUACUCGGUCUUUUUCUUUUGUGUAACAUAAAUGGAGAACCUAGUACGUAUUGCAGUGCAACAGGCACAUGAUGGAUACAUGAAGGUUAACACCGAAGAACCGCUAGGGGUCACUAGAACCCCGGUUUGUACCAAGUGGAAAACACCUGGAAGCAUAAUUGCUGGGAAAUCUAUUCAAAGCGAUCUGUUGUCAUUUGUGUCCCAAAGCGAAAGAUAAGUCUAAUAAAAAACAACAAUAAGAAAUGCUUUUCACACUCCCCAAUAACACAAUUAAAACAAGAUAAUCAGCUUGGUAUACCUAACUAAUAUGUUUUUUUUUCGAGCAUCCAUUUAAACAUGUUGUAAAAGCGUUCAUAUUCCUCAAAUUCCUCCUACUUUUAAAGGCUUUUAUUCGGCAUGUUUGGCCUACUGGGUGCUUUCACGAGUCGGUCUAAGGGCCAGAGCCGUUUCAGCUAACAAGAGCCAGUUCAUACUGCCACUCGCCCCUGGACCUCGCAUGUCAGAUUGGCUCCGGUGUAGGCAGCUGUAUGAAGCCGUCCAGACGCCGCAGUUCCCGACAGGUUUCCAUAGU